UGCCUUACUUUUUAACCCCUUUGAGUCUUUAUAGAUGUAUUAUAGUUGUACAAUCACUUCUUAGUCUAAUGGUGUGAAGAAAAUUUACCUAGCUUGUGUAACAGAUGAGCAAGGGAAAGUAAUACAAAUGUUUUCUGAAAUUACUCCCGCUGCUCACUCCCGCGGCGGCGAUGAGGCACUCUGGCACCGGCUGAACGGCGCUGGUUACAUGUAAACAUAUUUUCCGUGUUCGCUGACUCUCAUGUAUGACCACCGGAGCGGACCUCCUCCUCGCCCGACGACACCACCCCGCGCGAUGGCCAACACGACAGACGACGUCACAAUAGUGCAGGAGUACUUCCCGGCCCUGCGGCGCGUACGGGUCAUGCAUUGUGGAGAGCUCAUGGAGUUACUGGACUCUUGCCGAGGCCGUCUUGCCGGAAGGUUCCGCUACGUCCCUCCCGCCGUGAAACACUCCUUCAGGCUGUCCCCUGGCCAAGGAGUGCAGCUGUGGGUGAGGGAGCGGCCACCCCACUCCCUCUACUGCCCCCCCGAGAAGUGCACCGAUGCCAUGGUGCACGCCGUGCUGCUCUACCGCGGCCUGGACGGAGAAUACUGCUUCUUUGACAGCAACUUUGCCACCGCCCCGACCCCCGAGGUGAUGGCGGCCGUGACCCGCUCCGGCACGAGUCGCGUUCACUACCUUCUCGAGCGGCCCGGCAUCCAGGGCGUGGGCGUCGCCACGUGCCAGUACUACUGCCUGGCCCUCAUGAGCUUCAUCGUGCAGCACCCAAACCUGCCCACCAGCUGGCUCAUCAGGGAGUUUGUCGAGGCCAUGCAGCCACAGCGGGACGUGAAGGCGGUGCGUCUCAGCCGGGAGAUUUUUCGAGAGGCGGGCAUCGUCACGUACUUUGAGAGCGCCGGCACGCGCGUGCAUGGGAGCUACCAACCUGCCAGCAGGCCUUACGCUGUGCAUGGACGCUGCCAGCCUACCACCGUGCAUGUGCGCUACCAGUCUACCACCGUGCCUGAGCCCGUGCAUGGGCGCUACCAGCCUGUCAGCGUCAGGAAGACGGAGCGUGACAGAAGGAGGACUAUGAAGAGGCAGCGCAUUUCAAACAGGUGCCCGAAGACGCAGGAACAGAUCGGGUCGCUGCUGACGCCCGUGAGUGGGCAGUGACAGCCAGCCAGCGUCGGGGAGCGAGAGCGCGGCAGGGGAGGUGCCGUACUGUGAACAGCUUCCUGAAGACACAGAAGCAGGCCGUCGAGUUCGGCUGCUGAUGCUAUUGAAGCCAAUUUGGAAGAAAUUAGGAAAAUUCAAGGAAAUAGCCUGGAGGACACCAAAACGGGCGUGUCGGAAUACUCGAGGAAUAGGACCAACAGUUUAACGAAUUGGUGAAGAACUUCAAAAUCGACUCGCAUGGAGAGAGCGUCGUGUCGGCCUAUGAUGUGCCGAACCUUAAACCCGACAACACAACGCGCACUUUCUCGGGGCACUCGUGAGAGCUCUCGAUUUUCAUCAAGUGAACACGCGGAACGUGGCGAGACGUCACACACGGCAACAGAGAACCCGAUUGACGGUAACCAGAAAGGAAGGUGGAAUAAUUCAUCUCGAGGACUCAAGAACCACACCGUUCGAGAUGGAGAGAUCCUCGUGGACGGCGACAAUGUAUCUAAUUCAUUCCAGGUGAAUUCUAUGUGGCUGAUUUGAUUGAAUGAUGGUGUUAUGUUAUUUUCCUAAU